AUGGGCCCGCCGCCUUCCCCUGAGUACAUGGCGGAGAACUAUGGACCGAAGCUGCUGGCCAUCGACCUGACGUUGUUCGGAGUGGCGAUGAUCACGGUGGUGAUGAGGUUCUAUGUGCGAAUCUUCACGCUGAAGACGUUUGGUUGGGACGAUGCGAUGAUGCUGAUCUCAGCGGCAUUGAGCAUAACAUGCGUGGGACUGUUCGUCAAGGCCGUUACCCUAGGCAUGGGAAGGCACGCCGAAGCCCUGGAGCCUACAAAGAUCGCGCCUCUUUUCAAGUAUCUUUAUUUCUACGCCAUCUUCAUUGUCUUCGCCUACAGCUUCAUCAAGCUCUCCAUCGGCUUUUUCCUGCUGCGACUCGCCGAUCGCACACGAUGGCGAAGAUUCCUCCAAGGCACUUUGGUCUUCCUUGUCAUUUUCAUGCUCGGAUCCACGCUUGCGAUCAUCUUCCAAUGCAUCCCAGUGCGCGCAGGCUGGGACAUCGCCAUGCGACCACCGACCGGAACCGCGAAAUGCUACCCGUCUGACGUCUUCAAGAACGUCGGAGUCUUCAAUUCUUCGAUCAACAUCGCGACCGACCUCCUCUUUGCGCUCAUCCCGAUUCCCAUUGUAUGGAAGCUCCAAAUCAACUUGAGAACAAAGAUAGGUCUCGGAUUCAUUCUCGGGUUAGGUCUCUUUGCCUCUGCGACGGCCAUCUACAAGACACCUAUGCAAUACAACUUCUUCAAGGAGCCCGAUUGGUCCGGCAAAGGAUCAUGGUACUACAUCUGGCAGCAGGUCGAAAUGAACGUCGGAAUCAUAGCCGCUUGUCUCCCAACCCUCAAACCCCUCUUCGCCAACUUCUUCGGCCAAAUCCGCGCUCUGACGAGUGGCAGCGUCGGACGCAGCGCCGGCCUCAGCGGCCCCUUCAAGUCGAGCGGCUACCUCAAGCAAAACGACCGAAGCGAUGGUGGAUCUUACGCAAUGAAUAACUUCUCGGUCGAUGCGUCGAUGAGCAAGGAAGGUGCUGUGAUAUAUGGGGGCCCGAAUAACCGAGAUCGGAGGUGGAGCAAAGCGGCAGAGAGCGAUGAGAGUAUUCUACCUCAUCAAGGAGCCGCGCCGAAGGGCAAAGUGAUCGUGAGGACAACAGAAGUCAAUGUAUCGUCGCCCUCGGGCUCUUUCUAA